AUGACUCAAGUAGAAAACUCUAGCUUUGACGAUUCUGAAUGUCACCACGCUAAAAGUGUAAACCUCAGAAAAAAGCUUAAAAAAACCAUACAAGAAAUCAAAUUUUCAGACUUACGUUGUCAAACUUGUGAUAAUAAAAACCAACAAACUUCAACAAUUGUCGCAUCUACUUCAACUGAAGAAGAAGAAGAAAAAGAAGAAGAAGAAGAAAAAGAAGAAGAAGAAGAGAAAGAAGAAGAAGAAGAAAAAGAAGAAGAAGAAGAAAAAGAAGAAGAAGAAGAAAAAGAAGAAGAAGAAGAAAAGGAAGAAAAAGAAGAAGAAGAAAAGGAAGAAGAAGAAGAAGAAAAAGAAGAAAAAGAAAAAGAAAGCGAAGAAAAAGAAGAAGAAAAGAAGGAAGAAGAAGAAAAGAAGGAAAAAGAAGAAAAAGAAGAAAAGGAAGAAGAAAAAGAAAAAGAAGCGGAAGUUAAUAAUACUAAAGAUACGGAUAGUGACAAUGAAACUAAUGACGAUUCCAAUAAUAAUGAUAAUAAUAUCAAUAAAAGUCUUUGGGUUUGCCUUACUUGUGGUGAAAUAAAUUGUGGUCGCUAUGAUAAACAACAUGCACAACAACAUUACAAUAAAAAUCAAAAUGAGGAAGAUCAUAAACAUACAAUUUCAAUGAAUCCAAUAACAAACGAAUUUUGGUGUUACGCGUGUGAUGAUUCCGUAACUUCCAUCAGAAAGAAUCAAAUAUUAGGUGAAAUACUGGGUUUGGUUAAGAAUGCUCGUAAGGCGAAAGAUAAAAAAGCCGACGAUUUACAAACUAAAAAAAUUCCCAAAAAUCGAAAUCAAAUGAAUAAUCAGAAUUAUUAUCAAAUUACCACACCAGGAUUAAUGAAUCUUGGUAACACGUGCUUUUUUAAUUCAGUUAUGCAGGUCGUCACUGGAACUACAAUACUUCAUGAUGUCCUUAAAUCUGAACAGCCUUACCAUCAACCAACUGAAAUAGAUGCUGAAAUGUGUCCCGCUGCUAAAAAUAGUGUUGGCCCACUUACUGAUGAAUUUAAAAAUUUUCUAUAUAAAAUGUGGGAUCGUCAAGAAGAUGUAGUGUCUCCUCGAGAAUUAUUUAAUCAAAUUACAAGGAAAUGGUCACAAUUUCGAGGUUGGAGACAACAAGACAGUCAGGAACUUAUGCGAUUUUUAUUUGAUGGUAUCAAAAAUGAAGAACUUAGUUUGAUACGAAAAUUAUUUCCUCCACAAGACAUAGAAAAGGGAUCAUCGAAAGAUAAAAAUGAAAAAUUAAUUGAUCAAGAGGAUCAAGAGGAUCAAGAAAAAGAGAAGGAAACUGAAAUUGAAGAAAAACAAAAAAAGAAGUCCUUUAUUGACGCAUGUUUUGGUGGUAAAUUAGUCAGUGUAAUUGUUUGUGAAAAAUGUAAAAAAUCUUCUUUUUCAUAUGAAGAAUUUUUAGAUGUUUCCUUGCCAAUAAAAUCUCCUAUUAGUGAUUAUGAUGAGAACAAAUCGAACAGAAUGUUUGGCAAUUUUAUGUCACGUGAUUCGGACAUAGAUAAUCCACCAAUAUCUCUCUAUGACUGCCUGAGAAACUUUAUGCGAGUAGAGACUCUAACCGGUGAUAAUUUAUUUGCAUGCGAGAACUGCUGGAGAAUCAGGCAUCAAGCUUCUUCUAAUGAAAAUGAGAACGAUAAGGAUGUUGAAAAGGCAGAAAAUGCUGAGGAUAUUGAGAAUACAGAAAAUGUUAAGAAUACGGAAAAUGCUGAGAAUAUUGAGAAUACAGAAAAUGCUGAGAAUAUUGAGAAUACAGAAAAUGCUGAGAAUAUUGGGAAUACAAAAAAUGCCGAGAAUAUAAAAAAUAUUGAGAAUAUUGAAAAUGCAGAAAAUGCUGAGAAUAUUGAGAAUACAAAAAAUGCCGUGAAUAUUGAAAACACAGAAAAUGUCGAGAAUACAGAAAAUGCCGAGAAGAUUGAGAAUACAAAAAAUGCUAAAAAUAUUGAAAAUACAGAAAAUGCUGAGAAGAUUGAGAAUACAAAAAAUGCUAAAAAUAUUGAAAAUACAGAAAAUGCUGAGAAUAUUGAGAAUACAGAAAACGGUAAGAAUAUUAAGAAUACAGAAAAUGCCGAAAAUAUUGAAAAUACAGAAAAUAUUGAGAAUACAGGAAAUACUGAAAAUAUCGAGAAUACAGAAAAUGCUAAGAAUAUCGAGAAUAGAGAGAAUAUUGAAAAUACAGAAAAUGCUGCUAAGAAUAUUGAGAAUAUUGAGAAGACGGAUAAUGCCAAGAACAUUGGGAAUACAGAAAAUUCUGAGAAUAUUGAAAAUACAGAAAAUGCCAAGAAUAUUGGGAAUACAGAAAAUUUCAAAAAUAUUGAGAAUAUUGAAAAUACAGAAAAUGUCGAGAAUACAGGAAAUGACGAGAACAUUGAGAAUACAGAAAAUUCUGAGAAUAUUAAGAAAAUAGAAGACGUAAAUGAAACGAUCGUUAAGAAUUCUACAGAAUUAGAAAAUAAUGGUGAAGAAUCCGAUUCACAACAGAAGCAGCAGCCAUUACCCUCACAGCCAUUGAAAUCGUCACUUGUAAGCAAUGCUACUACAAAAUCCAAGCCAACCGAAUCAAAAUUCAUUCUCCAAGAUGCUAAUAAACGUUAUUUCUUUGAUACAUUACCGCCUGUGUUAGUAUUUCAUUUAAAACGAUUUCAACAAAUAGGUAGCAGAUGGUCGGUCACCAUGAGAAAGAUAGAUGAUUUUGUUAAGUUUGAAGAAGAAAUAGAUGUAACUGAUUUUGUAAUCCCCUCAGAAAAGGUGGGCGAUGCAGAUGACGAAGACGGGGUAUUAUCAAACGAAAACGAACGAAAAAAAUAUCGAUUAUAUGGUGUUGUUGUUCAUCAAGGAAGUUUAUACAAUGGUCAUUAUAUUGCUUAUGUACUUUCGAGAAAUAUUCUUGGGAAAGGGGAUCAAACGGGAGUACCAGAAUUAUCUAAUGAUGAUUACAAUAAAGUUAAUGAAAUCCAUUCUGCUGCUAAAGAGAAUGAAGAUGAGCAAAGGCAAUGGAUUUAUUUUAGUGAUAGUUCUGUGCAUAAAGCAAAUAUUAAAGAUGUUCUAGAAAGUGGAGCCUAUCUAUUAUUUUAUGAACGGGUGAGAUAA